UGGACUCGGUAACCGGCCUCGCCGUCGACCCUCGUCCCGUGCGGGGAAUCAAGAGGCUCCGAAUACCAAAUUGAGUGACAACCCCCACCCCCUCCCUCCUCAAAAAAACCUCCGGGGAGGGUGGAGGGAGGUACGCUCCAGAGGCGAGGGAGCGGCGGGCUGUGGCGCUCCGGUCGCGGGGUACCGAUGAUGACGAGCACCGCGGAGGAGCAUUAAGGAAAACAAAACACCCAAAAAUAGAGCCCCGUUCGAGGAUUCGCCGUGGACGGGAGGCGGUGGGAUACCUUUUGGACCGCGUCGUUGAAUAAAAGAUGAGGGACCCGCUGAUGUUUAUGUGUGAGGAUCCACCUCCGUGACACAACAGGCCGCCGUGUCGUCUGCUCGUAGCCGCCGUUGGAGACGCUAUGCGCGGGCGAGCGUGUGAGAGAGACCCCCGCUCCGAGCGCUUCGCCACCACCACCACCACCACCAACACACGGCGUUUGUCUUUUCUCAACUAGCAGGCCUUCCUUUAAGUGGAACCUGUGGACAACACGACGAGUGGUGCCGCGCGUGGGGGCUGAAUUAGGUGCACUAGAAAAAGGAUUUCAAGUGUGUCCCCCACCCAACCCCCCCCAAUCUCCCAACUUCCAUUUUCUAUUGUCCUCAUUAGGGUCGAAGGUGAGCUGGAGCCUCGCUGACUUUGGGCAAAAUAAACAGCAAAAGCAUAUGGACAAGUCUUAAGUGAGGUACUGUAUUUAUACAUAUAACAAUGUUGUUUUGGGAACCUGGGAUGAAGAUGGAGAAAACCCACCCGAGCGCAGGGAGCGCACGCAAACUACGCUUUGGAAGGCCACAGCCCAGAUUCAAACCCGGAAUCUCCGAGCUGUGAGGAGGUUCACCGCUCGUCCGCCCUUCUCUCUAAACAGCCGCCGGAAAGCAGCCAAAAUGUCCAAAGUGGUUACUAACAAGGAGAAGAAAUCCUUCAGCAAGAAGCUGUUCCGGAGGAGCUCGGUCCGCUCGGUGGGCAGCUUCAUGAACAGAGUUCUCCGGACUCUCUCCACUUUGUCCCAUUUCAGCACAGACGAGCAGGCGGCCCGUGACGACAAGGACGACGCCUCCUCCAUCCCCGCCACCACCGGGGGCUCGCUCCAGUCGGACGACAGCGACUGCGGGGGGUUCCCUUUCGGCGACAAGGUCCCGGGUGUGGCCGGGCUCAAGAACCACGGCAAUACCUGCUUCAUGAACGCCAUCCUGCAGUGCCUGAGCAACACAGAGCUCUUCGCCGAGUACCUGGCCCUGGAGCAGUUCCGGGGCCAAGGAGGCGGCGGAGGCGGAGGAUCUGAGGCCGGCAGCGGCGCUGAUACGAAGGCGGGUAAGUCCAACGGGGUCCUGGUGCAGAAGAAGUCCGGCCAGCAGCAGCAGGAGGAAUCCGGGGAGGUGACGGAGCAGCUGUCCGGUCUGGUUCGAGCCUUGUGGACCUUCGAGUACACGCCCCAGCACAGCAGAGACUUCAAGAAUGUGGUGUCAAAGAGCGCCCUUCAGUUCAAGGGCAACUCCCAGCAUGACGCGCAAGAAUUCCUCCUGUGGCUGCUGGAUCGAGUGCACGAAGACCUCAACAACAUCAUCCAUCCUGACGUCAGGCCCCCAAGGACGCCUCCGGUAGAGAACGAAAACGCCCCUGAAGGAUCUCCGCUCCCAGCGCCCGGCUCUUUUGUGCAAGAGCUUUUCCAGGCACAGUACAGAUCCUCCCUGACUUGUCCUCACUGCCAGAAACAGAGCAACACCUUCGAUCCUUUCCUCUGCAUCUCACUGCCAAUCCCCGUACCUCACACGCGGCCCUUGUAUGUGACAGUAGUGUACCAGGGCAAGUGCUCCCAUUGUAUGCGGGUCGGGGUGGCCGUGCCUCUGUCCGGUACUGUAUCCAGGCUCAGACAAGCUGUGGCCCAGGAGACCAAAAUCCCUGCUCAACAGAUCGUCCUCACCGAGAUGUACUACGACGGCUUCCAUCGCUCCUUCUGUGACGACGACGACGACCUGGAGAUCAUUCAGGAGAGCGACUCCAUCUUUGCUUUCGAGACGCCCGAGCUCUUCAGGCCCGAUCAGAUCCGCUCCAAGCGAGGCGGGAGUCCACACGGGAAUCUCAACCAGAACAACUUGAAGUACAGCACGGAUAACAAUCGGUUAUCCCCACAAAUCCAGGAGCCCACCACUCCGCCUCUCAGCCCCAAUAAGAACACGGGGCAGGACGAGAAGGUGGUGCUGUUGGUGUGCAACCGAGCCUGCGCCGGCCAGCAAGGACGCAGGUUUGGCAAUCCUUUCAUCCUCUACCUGGAGCGUACAGUCACAUGGGAUGUACUCCAGAAGGAAAUUUUGGAGAAGAUGCGUCAUCUUUUGCGCCCUGGAGCCGUCGUGCAGGUUGGGCCCUUCACGUUACGCGUGGUAGGCGUGGUCGGGAUCACGUAUCUCCUGCCGCAGGAAGAGCAACCACUCUGUCAUCCUUCCGUGGAGAGAGCAUAUAAAUCUUGCGGUCCUGGUGGGCCGCCUCAUGUCAAAAUUGUUGUGGAAUGGGACAAGGAGACCAAAGACUAUCUGUUUAAACGAACAGAGGACGAAUACAUCCCCGAUGCUGAAAGUGUCCGUCAUGCGAAGGAGCAGCACCUCCAGCCUCAGAGCUGCUCACUCGCUCAGUGCUUUCAACUCUACACCAAAGAGGAACAGCUGGCUCCUGAUGACGCCUGGCGAUGUCCACACUGUAAGCAGCUUCAGCAGGGCAGCAUCAAGCUCAGUUUGUGGACACUGCCUGACAUCCUCAUUCUUCACCUCAAGCGCUUUCGACAGGAUGGGGAUCGGCGCAUGAAAAUGCAGAACAUGGUCAAGUUCCCGCUGACCGGCAUGGAUAUGGCGCCACACAUGGUGAAGAGGAGCCAGAGCAGCUGGAGUCUCCCCUCGCACUGGUCGCCAUGGAGACGGCCUUACGGGCUGGGUCGGGAUCCCGAGGAUUACCUUUACGACCUGUACGCCGUGUGCAACCAUCACGGGACGAUGCAGGGAGGACAUUACACAGCUCAGUGUAAGAACUCCAUUGACGGACAGUGGUAUUGCUUUGAUGAUAGCGACGUUCAUCCAAUAUCAGAAGAGGACGUCUGCAAGCAGACGGCUUACAUCUUGUUUUAUCAGAGACGUGCCACCAUUCCGUCUUGGUCUGCCAACAGUUCUGUGGGAGGAUCUACAAGUUCUUCCCUGUGUGAGCAUUGGAUCAGUCGUCUGAUAGGAAGUCGUCCACCGAGCCAAGCCUCAUCCGGUUCCUCCAGACGAACAUCACUGGCCUCCCUCUCAGAGUCGGCCGAGUUUGCCGGCGAACGGAGCGAGGAUGACGGCUUAUCGAGCCGGCCCGUGGUGAGAGCCAUGCAAAGGCAGACAUUCUCCUCGAGAGCGUCCAUCGCUAGUCCACUAGUGCUGAGUGAGAAUGGCCAGAAGCCUUCUUGGUCCCACUCUGCCAAGCUGCAACUCCGUUCUAACUCUCCAUCGCGCUUCUCCCUGGAAUCUCACUCCUCUUCCCCGACACUUGAAAUAAUAGGGGAAGUGGUUGAUACCAACCUGUCAACGUCCUGCUUCAACAGGUCACCUAAACUUGGAGGUAAAGCCGCCCUCGCAGCAUUGGAUCAUAAUCCCGGCAGUAAAAGGCUGAUAGAGCAGCUUCACCCCAAAGCUGCAUCACAGACAGAGCCAAGGAGUUCCGUGCAGGCUGGGGAUAACAUCAAUCUCGUCAGUGGUGCUGAACAAAUAAGUCCUCGCCAUGGGACGACUGCAAAGGAGCAGAAGCAAAGAAAUGUGGCUGCAGACAGUACAGGUGGCAAACGGACCUCAACAAAGACCGGGGUGGAGAGCGAGAGGAGCCCGAAGAAGCGUCCCGCCGCCUCCUCAACGUCAUCCAGCUCUUUGUCGCCUGCGUCCCCGGCUGUUGUCAAGUCACCAGCUCGAGCGCAGGCUAAAGGUGCUGCUACCAAUCCAAAGGACAAGAGCGACGGACCACCCAAAGCCAGUAAGGCUGGGUCCUCCAGAACGGCGACACCUUCCAAAAAAGGCUCAUCCCAAACUCAAGACGGAUUACAUCCUGACUCUGCCCAACAGAGGAAGAGCGGCUCUCCGGGAAGUUCGUACCCUCAGAGAAGGACGACGGCCAAAGGUGGCGCCGAUAAAAGCUCGGCCUCGGUAAGGACGAAAGGAGCAGACAGGAGCGCCAGCCGGGAUUCUUCACGGACCAACGCGGUGUCAGAGAAGAAGGUUAACAGCGGGGGUCCUCCGUCCAGGUCCAGUGCUGGCAGUAGAGCGGAGGGCAGGCCCGGUCGAGCCUUGGAGAACAGGACGGUCGCCCGAAGCUCAAGCAGUAGCUCCUCUAUGACCAGUCUGCGAUCCUCGAGUGUGGUACCUCCGUCGGUCGCCCUGUCUAAAACCCCCCGAAGGAACAGUAAGACCGAGGACAAAGCUUUGUCCUUCUUCAAAACUGCCCUGAGGCCCAAAGACACCCGCAAGUCGACGGAUGGCGGGAAAGCGGGGGCAACGGACCCCAAAGGAAGUCUGGAAGACGGUGGAGAUGCGGCGAGAGAGGGCGCCAGCAAGAAAGCCCAGAACGCGGCUUCAGAAGCCACUGCGGCGAAGGACAAGGAAUCCUCCAAAGGUUCCGCUGCAGCCAAACAUUCACUGCUGCCCUCCACUAAAUCCAAACUUGCAGAAUCGACCAACCAGGCUUCUUCUGCAAAAGAGCCUUCAAAGAAAGAAGCUGUCAAAAAGACCAUGCCGUCCAGGAAAAUCCCCAUCAACUCCACACAAUCAAGCCAGAGGUCCAAAUGAAGUCUGAUGAUCACCUCGCUCUUCUUUCAAGUGCAGCUCCAAACACUGAAAUGAGACACCUUCAGCCUUUCAGUGGUUACUGGUUUCCAGCUGCCAUUCUGGACACUUUGUUCUAUAGUUAUUUAGGAAUGGGUUUUACCAAAGCACUUUGUAUUGAUUGUGAUGAUUUCCAGGAAAUACUAUUACUGUAUUGUAAAUAAGCAUGGGUUGCUCAUUUAUUGGAACGAUUGCCUUGUUGUGUCCGUAGCCCAGCUGAGAGGAAUCUGUCUUUUAAGCCUCUUUUCCACCAAGCGGCAGAGUCCCGAUCGGUUUGGUUCGGUAUGGUUUUAAUGCGUUUUCAUUCGGGAGGGACUCAAUUUCCUUCAUUGUCUAUGGAGGAAAUGAACAAUCAAUUAAUUGUUUUUCUUCAAGCAAACGGGCUCUCUCGAUGCCUCGGACUCGUGUUAAUGUCAGUGUAAUGUUGAACAGAAUAAUGCGAACCCGAGUUGUGGUCUGCGUGGAUGUAGCUCAACUUCUUUUGGCAGCAAAGAUGAGACUGCAGCAGUAGGGCACGCCAUUUUGCGCAGAUUCAAUGAAUUCAACAAUUGAUUGUUAUGCCAAUCGAGUUGUUCUACGGGACCCGAGAUAUCGACUGGAGCUAUCCCACUUUUCGAUACGUCAUCGGGUUGUCAGUCGCGGUAAUCGUUACAUUUAGGGUGGGUCGACCUACUGUAGCUGCACUUCUGUCCAUUGAUCGGUCAACACACAAUUGGUGGAAGCGUGGCUUAGGAGUGAAAAAGUGCAGGUGAACAAUACUCGGAGUGUUGAAAAUUGACUACCGAGUCAUUCCCCCCCCCACCCCACCCCCCCCCCCCCCCCCCCCCAACCCCUGAAUUAUUUCCUGAAACCUUUAGCUCUCCUUCAUUAUGGAGAGACAAGUGUCAACAUCAGUGCCUCAGAUAAUCAUAGUAUAUAAUCAAAAUUGUAUGACUGCAGGUGUUGGUAAAUUUCUAAAUAAAAUGUAAUAUUUAUUAA